AUGGCAACAGCAUACAACAUAGUCGUUUCGAUGCAGAAGGGACUGCUGCCGUCCUCCAAAGCCCUCGUUCCCAGCCUUCCGCGGAAGCCCCAAGUCGUGUUCUUAUCUUUCACGUACGUGUUCUUCUGCUUGGAAUCGAAUUUGGAGCUUUUGGAGGAAUGCCUGAGGACAUUGAAUUGGAGCGAGCGAAUCACGUUCGCGGCCGUGCCCCGCGAAUUCUGGAAAACAAUUUCGAGAGUCGCCGAGGAGAAGCGCGCGUCCUGCGAGCUCUCGGCGCAGGGCGAAUACGGCGGCUUCGCGUGGGAGCGAGGCCUGGCCCUCAGAUGGGACGGAAGCCUUCCCGACGAUGUCGAGAUCAAGAAGUUGCGAGCAGAACAUGCUGAAAUGGUAAAUGAUACAUGGAGAUUCAAGGGGCCCAAGACUCUGGCCAGGGUCCAUGAAAAAAUCAAUUUGGACCGUGGCUUCGAUGAGUUGGCCGGAUGGUAUUUGUUGAUGUCAUUCGGCGGGCAGGGGAUGCUCUACGUGAGGGAGCAACAUCGGAGGAGGGGACUGGCGGCGCUCCUCGUCGCCUGGGUCUCGAGGCGGGUUGUGUCGGCGUACGGUCUCGUUCCGUACGUGAUCGUUGCGCGUGACACUCCGGCGCCUCUUGAGCUCUUUUCCAAGAUGGGUUUUCGGGAAUUUGCAACUUGUCAGUGGAUUUUCUGCUCUCCUGGAAGCGCAAACGGACAUUUCCCUCUCUGCGUCGUCUCUGGUGCUACUAAGGGGUGCGUGCCGCCGCGUCGGGACUUGUUCGAAGCAGUACCUGCCAAAGAGUCCUCAAAGAAGUCGCGGGGUGUCGAAGUCCCGGCGGGUAGCUCAGGCUGCCUUCACAGACCGGAGGCCAAGUCGGUCUCGGAGGGCGUGACCCAAUAUCAGACUUUGGGAUGUGCGCUGACCUGGUCCUGCGCCUCUGUGACGGUAUAA